UGUGUGUACGUAAAUUCAUAUGAAAAACGAUAUGGCUACCUCUUAUAUGUCCAUGUAUAUGUGUAUGUCUAUACAACGAAUUGGCCUUUCACCUUAAACAGAACUUUUUGUUUACAAAUGGAAGUUGCAUUGGAAACAGAAUACAUUACAAGCCUAGACGAUUUACAAAAAUCCUGUCGCAUUUGCUUAAAAAAGGGCGAUAUAAACAUAUGGAAUCAUAAAAUCAAAGUAUGUGAGGAAGACACUUAUACGGAUGCAAUAGAACUAAUUAAUAUCUUCAGCGACACGCUUUCUAUCUUGGAACUUUCAGAUACUGUCCCCCUUCUAUGUUGGCAGUGCCUGGAGGAUUUAAAAAUUUGUUACAAAUUCUAUGAGAGACUAAAAAUUGCGAGCUCUCAUCUUAGAAAUUACUACCAAGAGUUGAGUGAUCAAUGUAACAAUGGAGAGGUUAUUUCGGAAGACUGUAUACAAGCAGAAGCAAAUGAGUUACAUUUAGGUUUGGAGUCAAUUGAAGAAAAUGCAGAAAUUCCUCAUGACAAAACAGAUUCUCCUGAUAAAAAAGAAUUACUGCUGCCUAUGCCAAAAAAUAAAUCCCACAUUCGUGAGAUAAGUACGAACUCAUCUUUUGUGGUAACACAAUAUUUUCCAACAAAAAUACAAUCAUUAGAAACAUCUGCAUCAGAUUGCGAAGACGCCAGUUUGAAACGUAACCUACUCACAAUAGACUGUAAAGCAAUAGAAAUCAAAGAUGUAAAUGAACUUCAAAGAUUGGAUUCUUCAUCGAUGGUUGAUUGUAAGGAAACAUUGAUCCAAGCCCCACCUGCCCUAGCAAUAUAUAUGUGUCAGUAUUGUCCUCAAGCAUUUGCGAAAUUAGAGUUUUUAAAAACACAUAUACAGAAGUCCCAUGUCUGCAAAUUUUGUACGGAACCCUUCAGUUUAGCCGCAGAACUUUAUCGUCAUAUAAGAGAAGUGCAUACGGAACAUCGGUGUGUGAUAUGUCAUAAGGUAUUCAGUUCCAAUACAAAUUUAAGGCAACACAUACGUCGAGUGCAUCGCAUUAAUUUGCCACCAAAAAUUGCUUUAUUGGAUUUUGUACAGGCAAAUGCAGAGGAGGAUGACGGGAUUAUUGACGCAAAUAGUUUAGUGUGCGAUAAAUAUUUUACAGGGCAACAAUUUGAUACAAAUGUAUAUAAUUCACCAGAUGAUAUUGUUGAAUAAAAUUAACUAGUAUUAGCAAUUUA